UUUCUCUGUUGUGUCUUUCCACGAUGGCAGAAAGCAUGAUUGGUAUUUUGCUUGACGUGUCUGGCUCUAUGGAGAGUGCAUAUGCGUUGGAUCGAUCUCAUGAUGCUAGUGUAGAGCGAACUCAUGCUAUACUCACAACUACCAUCAACAUCGUCAAGAGAGAAGCCGUUCAUCAUAAUCGUCAGGAAUCUGUUUUUGCUUCUGUCUUUGGCUUGUGCAAAGCUACUGUAACUUGUGAUCUUCUCUCUUUGCUGGAUCGUUUCAGAAGAGCAGAAGAAGACAUACCAAGGGAUGGACACCAAGCAUUGAUUGUUCUAGCCAGAGAACAUGGAGCCCGAUACGCUGGAAAAUGGAUUAAAGACUACUUGAAGCCAGAUGAAGCAGUAACUCUCUACAGAGGUUUGCGUUUUGAUCCAGACCUGAUACCUGAAAUGAUACGCUUAAUUCCAUCAGAAACAACAGCACAGACGGUAGAGGUAGCAAGUACCGCAUCUACAGUAGUUACCGUAGGUGCACUAGGACUGGGAGUUUUGACUGGUGGGGUAGGUUUCCUAGCUCUUGGAGGGAUAUUAGGAGGAUCAAAAAUGGUGGCAUCCAAGGCUUGUGAAGAGGCGGGGUAUCGAUCAGAUGCUUACAAGCGCGCACAGGAAAUCAUUAAAGACUUUGAUUCUGACAAAAUUGUAGAACGCUUGCUACAACGCAUGGAAUAUCCCAACCCACGACCUGUACAAGAGGUUUCUACGAUGCUUGAUGAUCUCCUGAAAAGCAAGCUUCCAUCUGCACCUUCGUCAUCUUUACAUGACCGAAUUCGUGAACUUCUGAAGCCUAUCAAGCCAUACAUUUUAGGUGGAACUCCAAUGUACAAGGCAUUGAACGAUGCUGAGAAUGUUUUCCAUACAACUGAUGCAACUCGAAAAGUAUUGUUUAUUCUUUCAGAUGGAAUGUCAGGUGAUGGAGAUCCACAACCAAUUGCUCGUGAACUUAGUCGUUCGGAUGUGAUCAUAGUCACAUGUUUUCUUACAUCAGAUCACAUACACAAUCCUAGACGUUUGCUGUACGAGGCUGACCCAAACUGGGGAUUUGAAGACGGUAGACAAGUAUUGUUUGAGAUGAGCUCAACCUGGAAGAAUACUCAUACCCCGAUAUCAUAUCUUCCCGAUGCAAAGUGGGAACUUCCCUUAGCUGGCCAAAGUCGUUUGUUUAUUCAAGCCAACAGUUUGGAUGUGGUUAAUGAGUUUUGUGAAAUUGUUGUUUCACAAAUGGCUUUACCUUGUGAUGCUCUAGUUCAUCUCCUAGAAACAAUUGACCUUGCCACAUACAUCAACCUUAAGAAUGCUGAAUUUGAACCCAAAAAACAAUACAAGGGAUCGUGCUUUGCAAAUGCAAUUGCAGCUGUCUUUCAUUUGGCCAUGAGUCGAAUUGUUGGUCGAAAAGGAGGCAUUCCAAAAUUUAGAGAUAUACGUCAUCGCAUAACACGUGAAUAUGGUUUCAAGAGUGCUAAUACUAAAAAGAUUCUUAAAAACCUUUGUCCAGAAUAUCGACUGCGGUUUAGACAAGUAAAUGAAACUGGUGCAAGACAAGCAAUUAACAAACGGCAACCUGUUGUUGCCACAUUUUUCUUAUAUGAAGAACAGUGGAAGAAAUUUUGUGGCUUUUAUGAAAGGACGCCAAAAGGAAUUCUCGAGAAAGGUGAUGUUACAGGUCGAGGUAGCCCGUGUGGACAUGCUGUGGUGUUGACAGGAUGUGAUCCAAACUGUCUGACAUUUAUGAACUCUUGGGGUCAAGAGUUUGCAGAUGGAGGAUUUUUUCGAGUCGAGGAUGAAAACGUGCUGAAUGAAACAACAUUUUAUGAUGUCUACUGGGAAGAAGAAGAUCUGACACGAAGUGAGAAAGAAGCCUAUGAAAGGGAAGGCAUCAAAAGAAGCAAAGAACUUUUACGAAAAUUUUCCAGCAUUAAGGACUUGUCUCACACAUGCCCUAAUUGCUUGCAAUCUAGCAACAUUGGAGAUUAUUACGGCCACAUACUUGAAGCUCGAUGUCCACGAUGUCAUAAAAAGUUUAGGCCUACUAACAAAGACAUUAUGAACUCUCUGUAUAGUAAGGCACACAACUUGUAGUUUUGUAUGCUUGUUUUACUGGUGCAGCUUGAAGAUGUUUCUUUCAGUAUCAACUGUCUUGUGUAACUGGGUCAGUCAGUUGACGUUCAUGAAUAUAUACUGUUACUGUUGC